UGGGGCGGGGACCUGGUGUGCUGUGGUCGCGCUUGGGCCCUCCGGGCUACGCCGCUCCCCAGUGCUCCGGGCUGCUACGCUGGUCGGAGCCCUAGGCCGCCUCCACGGGGACCUCUGAGCACGCAUGGACCUGCCCGCGCCCGGCGGGAAGCGGCCAGGCUGGAGGUGGCCGGGGCGGCGGGGCAGGGCCGAGGCAGCGGGCCCGUGAACGCGCGCCCUGCAGGCCGGGCCGCAGCACCAUGAUGCCCGGCGAAACGCACCCGGCGGCGCGGGGGCCAGCCGACCUCGCGCGGUGUCAGGGUUGCGCCUCCCUGCAGCAGAACUUAAAUGAAUAUGUUGAAGCAUUAAUUGCCUUGAAACAGAAAAUUAUUAAUACGGAUAACCUGCUAACGGAAUAUCAGAAGAAAUGCGACGAGCUGCAGUUUGCAAGAAGAGAGAACAGCAUGCUGCAUCACCAGGUGGAGCAGAUGCUUCAGAAAAUCUCCCCCCUGCAGAAGUGCCAAGAGGAGCUGGAAACCCUGAGAGCAGAGCUGGAGGAGAAGAAGAGUUCCCUGAAGCUGUAUCAGAACACUCACCAGGAAUACGCUCGCGUGAAAGAGGAAUGCUUGAAAAGGGACGCCCAGAAGAAGAAGCUAGAAGCUAAGGUGAAGAAGCUGGAAGAGGCUGCUGUCAAAUAUACUCAGGACUUCAAGCAAUUGAGAAACGAAAAGAAAAUACUUGAAAAGGAAUUUAAGAAGACACAGGAAAGGUUUGAUGAAUUUUCCAAACAGAAAAAUGAGAAGGAGUUGAAACACAUUGGAACACAGAUCUCAAGUGACUCUCAUGGAAGCAUAGAUAAAAGGAAGGUGAAAGUUCUCCUGAAAGAGCUGUGGCUCUGUGUGAAUACUGCUCACAGGCUAUCUGGGGAGAGCAGCAGGCGCAUCCCAGAAAAACCUGCCAAAGAAAACAGUGUAUCCAGAACCUCUGGGGAAGAUGAGUUGCUCCCAGUGCAAGGCAGCCCUGCCAGGACCUCAGAUAUGCGUUCUUUCUUCACCAAGUUGUCUAUGGAGAUGGAGGGUGACUUUACUUCCUCUGAAAGUGCAGAAGAAGAGCAGCCCAGUGGAGCGAGCCCUAGCACUGAGCAUGCUUUUCAUGAAGAAAGUCAUCCUGAAGUCUCGGUGCAGAGGCCUGGUGACGGCAACAGUGAUGUCAGCAGGACCAACAUCUGUGACCAUGAGCACUUUUUUGACGAUGAUCUGCAAGCUGCAAUUGACUUCUUCAAACUUCCCCCUCCUCUUCUGUCUCCAGUGCCCUCGCCCCCUCCGAUGACAUCACCACACCUGUCUUCCUCCCUGGCACCUGAAUCCUACUUUGGAGAGUUCACAGAUUCCAGCGACAGUGACUCUGCCCCACUUAGAACCUCUGUGGAAUCAGCAUUAGAAGAAUACACAGCGGAGUCUCAGCGAUACUUGGAAUUGCUUGAAAAACUUAGAAGGAGUGAUACAUGCAUGGGACAGCCCAGGACACAGGAAGUUGCCCCAGCUAUAAACAACCUGGCACCUGUUGGAUUUGGUACCAGAAGAGUAGCACUGGGAGAGCCCUCGCUCACAUCUUCUCCAGCUCGGGGAAGGCCCUGGAUGGCAUCCCCUGAAUUUGUGAGGGAUAGGAGAGACAGGAGAGACAUCGUAGAAGAGGCAGAAGGGAAGGUAGAGACCCGGGAGAUGGAUAAACCUGUUCGAGCUGGGCAAGGGCUGCUUAAGCAUAACAGGAAACUGUGGGUGGAGAGGGCGGCCAGAGGCUCAGCAGGAGAGAAGGUAGCCAGAGCUGGGGAGUCAGAGGUUUGCUCUUCUAACUUUGGCAAGGGGACGUUCAAUGAACUCAGAGGAUCUGAAGGUAAAACCCUCGCAUCAAAUGUAUUUUGCUCACCCCAGUCGGAAUUUACUAAAUGGACACUCACUAGUGAAUUUGCUUCCAAGUCACACCACGUGGUGGGUUCUGGCCGUUUUCAGAGAAAGGAAAAAGAUGCGCAGGAGUCUACUCUGGAAUCAGGUGUUCGUGCAGCUGCAGCAGGGCGUGACCAUUCAUCCAGUCUUCCUUCCUCUUCUACCUCUGUACCAGUGUCUCUCUGCAGUAACCAUAAGGCAGGUACACCAGCAGAAGUACCCUGCACAGACCUGCAUCGUUCUGAACAAAAGUCACCAACUAGAACUUUAAACACAUUUCUUCUGUGGUCUGAGCCAGCAGCACGUUUUCCAAAAGAAAAUGACCCAAGAAACAGCUUGUCUGCUUUGAGUCCCAAGUCAAAAUUAGGAGCAUCUACGUUUAGUGAUCUGAAGAACAGGGGCCCGGAACCUUCAAACAUUUUUAAAAGCACAGGGAAGGCACACUCAAUUCCCCAGUCAGUAUUUCAGAAGCCAUGGAAAAGUGGGCAGUGUGGAGGUCGAGGUAGGAUUACCCUGCCUAAAUCCAACUGGACCUCAUUAGCCCGUCCCCAGACUGGCGUCACCAGGAGGAGCCCUGCUUCUGCUGACAGCACCUCAUGGCACCGUAGUGACAUACUGAGGAGAGGUGGCCAGGGAAGCCCCAGAGCUGCCCCAGAGCCCCAGCAAAAGUCCAGGCUUCAGCCGGGGAAAGCAACAGCGUCAGCCUCCCAGAACAGCGGAUUGACAGCUGUGCUGGGACCUCCUGGGGAAAGUACCACCCCUCCGGGACUCAAAGCAGCUGCUUUGCUGCCAAACCAAGUGUCAGUCAUUACCAAGCAGGCAAGACCCGGGAGGAUGCAGAGUAGCAGCCUGGAGCACUGGCAGCCACGUGGGAGAGCAUUGAGCCCGCCUACAGACAGUGAUGAGGAGACAAGCCCAUCGCUCUCAGAGUGUACUGGAGAUGAGGAUCCCAUAGCACAGGGCACUGAGGAGAUGGCUGACGAGGAAAGCCCUGCUCCAGAAGUAUCUCCAAGUGGCUCCAUGCCAGCAGAGAACUUGGGUUCUUCUACAGAUAAGUUACUUUGUUCCUCUGAAGACAGCCUCAUCCAGAGCCAAUGUGUCAUGAAAGAACUACUGCAGAAGCUCAGGAAGUCUCCCCACACUACACAGCCAGGUGCCAGUAGUAGUCUGGAGGCUGGGAAGCUGCUUCCAGCUGAGGUAACAUCCAGAGACUGUUCUGCUGGACAGAUGCCCUGUGGAGCUCAUCAGCAGGCAAACACUGAGGCCCCUGUAGUUGCAAGUGAGUCUUGUAGUAUUCCACAGAAUGCCAGCACCCCUCCCACAGUGCCAAGCAGGCCGCUUCUCAGAACCCCGGUCCCCACCAGCCCUGUCUAUCCGUCAGGUCUUGGUAGUGCAGAUGAGGAAACACGGAGUACCUCCCAUAGUAGUCUUCCUGGGGCUUCCUACUACUACACAGGCAUCAGAGAGCAGGGGGAGGACACUGAGGUAGAGGAUGAGGCUGUUAGCUAUAGUGAGGGAGAGCAUGAGGCUGAAGCUUUGACAGGAUGCCAACAGCAGGAUGCAGCGGGAGACUCACAGAGACAUUUGGGAGACCCAGAGGCCAGGGUGGAUGUGGCUGGACGUGCCUCAGAUGUAGGUGACCUGACCUCAGCACUGCAGGAAUGUAACUUAAGCACCUUUCUUUACAUAGACAAGCUUUCUACAUCAGAGGUGGUUAUGUUUCUUGAAAGUUGUCAGUUAAGGGAUUAUAGUUCGAGGGCCUCUGUUUCAGAAUGUUCUAGCAAAGGAACUGUAAAUAAUGAACUGGACAAAGAGUUCAAGCAGGGCGAAGUCUUCAGAAAGAACCACGGGAAGAGGGUCAGUGAAGAAAUGCUCAGAGCCUCCUCGGAAGAGUGGGUCGAGUUGGAGGGAGACGACUCCCGUGUCAGGAGUUCAAGCCAGCAUGCUCAGGGCCCUCUGGAAACACCAUCUGAUAUUCCCACCAAGGCCACAGAAGAACUUCAUGCAAGCCGUGGGGACUGCAGUGGAACAGGUGCUGAGCAUGUGUUGCUCCUAAGUCCUCAUCACAGCGAGGCAGCUGAAGAUCAGAUAGAAAACAUUCGGCCUGAGGAAACAUCCAGCUCCGAGUCCCACACUGCAGAAUUGGCUGAACCAGCAGCUGUGCAUGCUGGAGGCAGCUCCCCACUAAGCGGCAGGUCUGACCCUGAGCACAUUCUGAGCAGAUCUGAGGAUGAGACCAAUUAUGAGGGGUGCCCCAGCACCGGGGAGGAGGGCCUGGCAGAGCCUGGGGAGCUUCUGGCCCUGAGCUCUGACUCUCCACCUCCACCAAGGACAGAGCAGAGCUCAGACUGUGUGACAGAGACGGCGUUUCGCUAUCAGAUCUCUGCAGUGACCUCAGAAGUUAUAAGUGUACUUAUAAAUAAGGAUCAGGACCUUGUGAUUGAAAAGGGAGACAACUGGACUAUCAUCAGUGGCGUCGCCAUCUCCCCUGGUAUGGAACAAGUUGUUCUGUGUGACACUCUCGAAGCUUUUGCUCCUCAGGACCUGGGAGGCCUAGACAGUGACUAUGUGGAGAAGUCCCCUGAAGCUAGUCCUGCCGGCCCUCUGCCUCAAGGGCCUCCGUGUGGUGGCGGUUUCUCUGCUCCGCAGGAGGAUGUUUCCAGCAGUGGCCAGAGUGCCAACUUUGAUAAGAGUCGCCUUCGGAACAGACCUGUGAAGCCUAGCAUCUGGAUUCGUUCUCAGAUAUAUGACCAGACGCUCGAGACCGAGAAAGUUGCAUCUGAUCACACAUAUUAUAACUGGAAAUUAGAACCACUUGGUAAGACUAAGACUCGAUCAAAGAUUUCCAACAAAGAUCAAUCAAGCAAACUGGCAAAGACCCCAGGACUCACUAGAGGGGAACUGCAUCUGAAUGAAGUCCCUCAGCCAGUAUUAGGGGAAAGAACAAACACAAAAAUGCCAGGAAGCCAAGUCCAGUCCACCUUGGCAGUUGCAGAUAUGUCCACCCCUACCAACUCUUCCCCUGAUACUCUGAGCAAGAUUCGGCAAGAAGUGGGGCCUCCAUUGCCUCCUUUGCUCCCCCCACUGAUAGCCACCCCUCCAAGGACAUCACGGCCACUGUCUCCUCUGAUACCAAGUUCUAGCCAGUCCUCGCUAGCCUCACCUGCUGCCCGUGUUUCCCCCUUGCGUGGAAUUGCAGGGCCUCCUGUGCUGUCUCCGUGGCCUGAGGAGCUCCAGCAGGCCUCCCCACUGGACCCCUCCCCACCCCCAUCCACUGCAGCAGCCAGCGGAAGGAUAGUGUCUUCUCCUCUCCAGUUCUGUGCUGCGACGCCAAAGCAUGCCCUGCCCGUGCCUGGCCGACUCCCAUCCUGUGCGCCUGGCCAUGCUGCUGUGAGUGGGCCACAGGAAAACUCCGUUAAGAUCCUUGACACAAUGUACCCAGAGUUAUCUGCCAGGGCCCGGACCCUCAGCCUUCUCAAAGGGAACAUGAAGCUGUCUCGAGGCUCCUCUGUGGAUGGGAAGGUGUUGCCGGGUCGUGUUAGUGCUCUGCUGGGACUCAAAGCCAUCACCUCCACGUCGACUGCUUUUGUCCUGACAGGGGGCAGCUCUGGUGGUGACAGUAGCCAAGGUAAGUCACAAGACUUGGAUGUACGGCAGGAUGCAGGUAGGAAAAGAACAUUGGCAGCAUCCAUGCUGAGAAGUGCUAAAAGACUGCGGCUGGACAGUGGGUCCCCGGAGCCAGGCACCAGCCAGGUCACAGCGGAAGGCGACCCCGAGGAUCCCCCCGGAGGAAUCUCACCAGCCGAGCUUGUCCCAGCUGAGGAAGAGCAAACUGCUGCCCUGGUCUGCAGCCCAGCAUCACAGCUGCAUAGCAACCCAAGGGAGAUGGCAGAGUCCUAUAACACGGCCAUAACUCGGGCUCUGAGGAAGAUUGCUGAGUCCUCCUUUGACCUGCUGCCUGUCAUUCGUAGUCACGUGUACGUGGGAAAUAUCUCCAGAAAGCCUGUCAUGAGAGAUCAAGAGAAGGAAGUUGUUUAUGAAUUUAGCACCACCAACAAGCAUUUAGGAGAAUACUUACUUCGCUCUAUUCUCUCAGAGCUAAAGGUUCAGAAGACAUCUCUUGACCACAGUUACAUCCAUGCACUGUGCAGAGUAUAUGUGGGCAUUUGUCGGCAACUUGGAGACUUGGAAAGAGCUCGCUUGUUCUGCUACAGCCUUCUGAAGGAAGAUUUUCCAGAAUCUGAGAAAUUGACUCUGUUCAUUGCCAACAUGUGGCGUGAAGUGUUUCUCUCCCAGUCAGCCAUCAGUGAAGCCAUGCAGCUGGUUGCCAGGCAGCGUGCCAGAGGCGAGGUUCUGAACUGCUUGAGAGCGUUCCUCAGCUGGGAAAAGAAUGCUCCUAUAGAUGUUGGAAUCGUGGUUUCUAAGCUGCUUUUGACUAUACAGCUAUGCCCCAAAACAGAAUUUCAGUCCAGUGAAGAGUUUGGUGAAGACUUAAGUGCAAACAUUUGGGAAUAUAUAUUUGCCAUUGAUCUCCUCUGCUGCCACCAGAGGUGGAUUUGGACACAUGAUAACAUCAUAAGUAAGGAGCUGUGGCCUGUAAUGGACAAGUGGGUCAAGUACAGGAAAGGACAUUCGAACAUUGCAUACACCCCUGAUGUCAUUGUAGCGUCUGUACUGAGACUGAUCGGUCGACUAGGCCAGUUGGGUUUGAAGGAAGGAUUUCCAGCUGCCGUGAAGAAUAUCAGCUCGGUUAUUGGUGUGUUCAUACAACAUGCUCAGGAUGAAGAUAUCCCAUGGGGUGUACAGCUUGCAGCUGUUUAUGCCCUUUGUGACUUGAGUCCUAGCAAUCCAGCAGAGAUAUCCAGGAUCCUGGAAGCUUGGCGGACACAGACUUCCAACACUAUUCCGUCUGCAAUCGUCAGCUGCCUGGAAGAAGUUGGAUCCCUGAGUGCUGAGCGCUCAGCUGGUUCUACAAGUACAGGAGACUCUGCACCCUGAAGGUCAUGGUCACUGUGCAGAGGCGUGCCUUGAUACCUCUUGUUGUGAAGGAUUAACCUGCCUUUAGCUAACUGAGGUCCAGCAGAGAAAGGCAUAAGCAGAUGGCAGUGCAAGGCUCUCAUGUGGACUGUUACAGAUGGCCAGUCUGAGGCGGCAGCAGAGCCCUGUGGGCUGUGUACAUAGGGAUGGCUCUGUGGGCUCUGCACAGGGAUAGCCCUGUGGGGGUAUGUGCAUACAGACAGUGCUAUCUAUGAUGUGUCUCACAUUGGAUGAUAUUCCACUUUCGGAAUUUUUGUAUUUGUAUAUAGAAAUGGGUUUAAUAACUCACUGUGAUUCCGAUUUGUCUUAUAUUCAUCAUUUCUUAAAACUCUUGUAUGUGUUUUUGUAAUAAAAAAUAAAAGCAAGCCAUAUACACUGU